CGCCUGCGGAGUAACUUCCCUUGGGGAGAGCACUUCACGAACCCGUCGCCGUCCUUCGGGCUUGCUGCAGUGGCUUGAAGAUCCCGACUUUGAGUUUGUCGUCUUUUUUUAAAUUUCUUUUUGCGUGGAGUCCUGGGGACAGAUCAGACGGCAAGAUGUCCACGAAUGUCCCGGCGGACAUGAUAAAUUUGCGCCUCAUUUUGGUAAGCGGGAAAACGAAAGAGUUCCUGUUUUCUCCUAAUGAUUCUGCUUCAGACAUUGCAAAACAUGUGUAUGACAACUGGCCAAUGGACUGGGAAGAAGAGCAGGUCAGCAGUCCAGAUAUUCUACGACUUAUUUAUCAAGGACGAUUUGUACACGGAAAUGUCACAUUAGGAGCAUUAAAACUUCCUUUUGGCAAAACAACAGUGAUGCAUUUGGUGGCCAGAGAGACGUUGCCAGAGCCAAACUCUCAAGGUCAGAGGAAUCGUGAAAAGACUGGAGAAAGCAAUUGUUGUGUAAUCCUGUAAACACUGUCUGCUAUGUCUGCUGAGUGUGAUGUGAUGAGUCUUUGUCUUCAUGCUGCUGGGAUGGAAGAGACCCCACGUUGCUUCAGAAUCCCUUAGGAACAGCCCGCGUGUGGAUCCACGGGAUGGAAUCCUUACAUGGACACUGUUGUGUUUUCUCAUGAAAGUGAAAUGAACCAAGAACAUGUUUCACUGUGAUUUUUUAUUUCUGGUAUCUUUGUUUAUGUUGAGCAGUUUAAAAAUGUAUUGGUUUUUGAAUGCAGUCAAUCGUCAGGGGAAGUGUUAACCAGUUAUCUUCCAUAGCAGAAACCAUUUUGCUGCCACAGAAUUUUUCAUCACCAGAACUAACAAAUCAGGUGUUCCAGAUACAAUUUGCACUAAAAAAGAUUGACAUCAUUUUACUCAUCAACAGAAGUUAUAACAGUUUGUGACACAUAGAAGUGCUUAUAUUUAGAGUUGCACACUGGAAGACACUCAGUCAGCAAUUAAUGAAGUUAAUUACUGGGCCAACUUGAGAGGAAAAAAUGGGAAAGAAACUAAAACAUUUGGUGAAUCCUACCAGUCAUCCGUGAUAGGUGUACCUGGGACAGAGUACUAAACCGAGGGUGACUCUUUUCACUGCAACAAAUGAAAACACAAAAAACAAA